AUGGGUGGUGGUAUCCAAGAGGGAAAAAAAGAGGAAGAGAAAGCCAUUGUCUUGGAUGAUGCAAAAUAUCGGAAGCGAUCGAGAAAGGCGCAAAACGGAAGAGAAUGGCGCGCGGGAAUAGAAGAGACAGCUACUGCCCGGUCUUACACUUUUUUUAAUUUACAUACUAAUUACUGUCGGCAGUUCAAAGCACACAAAGUGAUACUGGCGGCUUGUAGUAAACACUUUCAAGAGCUCUUCGAUUCCGCCCCUCCCAGCCAUGCAGGCGCCUGUUACGUCAUACUCGAAGCCACUUCGGCAGAUAACAUGCAGGCCCUCCUGGAGUUUAUGUACAAGGGCGAAGUGCAUGUCAGCCAGAAUGCUCUCUCCAGCUUCCUCAAAAGCGGGGCGAACUUACAGGUUAAAGGCUUGUCAAUGGAAAUGUCCCAAGACGCAUGGAUGAAGCAUCAGACCCAGCAGGUGUCUAGCGAUCGUGUCGAAACCCGUGUCAAGACCAGCCCAGUUUCCGGAUCCGGCAAUUGUGAGGUUCAAGAGUCGCCACCAUCCCACUCUACUACUUUUGCCCCAAUAAUACCACCAUACGGCAUACCCAUACAUGGAAGUGGUGGUGGGAUGGGACGGUAUGCGCCCCAAGCUCACUUGCAUUCAUCGUCGCAUAGACGGCCUGCACCACCUAAGCAAUCGCCUUCCCAGAGCCCACUGACUAGGAAUUACAGACAAACAUCAUCAUCAUCACAUUGCGGCAGCGUAGCUGAUGAACCAGAUACGCGAUCAUCACCAGGAGCGAGCGUGAAGUAUGAAGAGAAUCCAGAUUGCACGUCCAGCGUCGCUAACCCUAUAAAGAACAAUGGCUACGAACGGUUUUCAUCAGUUAAAGAAGAGAUAAUGGAGCGCUUACCAACGGAUCAGGGUGCAGAAGAUUUACGGAUAAAAAACGAGAACGAAUACCACGGCGGUGGGUACAACAACUCAUCUCCCCCAGCGCCAAUACCUACCACUAACUACCACGACCCGCAGACUUCGCCGCCCAAACCCAGCCCUGACCUCUGGCCGCCCAAGAUCAUCACCAGCAAGUCUGGUGGGAUCGCUACUGCUGACGGAAAGAAACUAAAAUGUCCAUACUGCGAACGGCUUUACGGAUACGAGACGAAUCUGCGCGCUCACAUCCGGCAGCGGCAUCAGGGCAUCCGGGUGCCAUGUCCGCACUGCUCGCGAACAUUCACGCGUAAUAACACAGUGCGGCGACACAUUGCCCGCGAGCAUCGUCAUCAGGUCACGCCGCACCAAGGACCUUUGCCCAACCACACCCAGUAA